GGCAGCCUAAGCAGAACGGGCUUUUGAGGCCUAUGAAGACAUUCUUGUUGAAACUAGCAGCGAAAAUGUGCCUCCUCCGGUGGGCACGUUUGCAAAAACUGAUCUGGGUGAGACACUGAAUCUUAAUAUAAAGCUCUCCAAUUACGUUAAGCCCACUCCUGUGCAGAGGUAUGCAAUACCCAUCUCACUGGCGGGAAGGGAUUUGAUGGCUUGUGCUCAGACUGGAUCAGGUAAAACGGUUGCCUUCUGUUUUCCCAUCAUUUCUGCGAUCAUGAGGUCUAACGUUCCUCCAAGGCCACGCGCAGGAAGGAGCUCAUUUCCCCUGGCGCUUAUUUUGUCCCCAACCAGAGAAUUAUCAAUGCAGGCCAAACUUCUGGGCUACAUCUUCAUGCCCAUUCAAUCUUUAAUAUCUGCAGGCCAAACUUCUGGGCUACAUCUUCAUGCCCAUUUACACUUCAGUUGCACGCUACAAAACAAUUUAUUUGGCUUCUGCAUUCGGUGAAGAAAGAGGAUUCUAAUGUGACUCACUGGACGAUUCGCCCCUCUACCACCUCCAUCUCUGACAAUUUACAGAACAUAACAAUGGAGGGCGAGUUAAAGCCUGUUAAAUUUCGAACUCGGAUUAGCAGUAAAGACAUCGCGUAGCUGUGGAAUAUCCUCUGUGUUUCCUGACUAUUGAAUAUCUUCUCUGUUUGUUGAUUAAGGAAAUCCUGUUUUCCUGGAAUAACAGCUUUUAGUGAUUUACAUAAAACCGAGGGUUUAAUUGUGUUUCUUCACCGCCCAGCGAAGAAAAGUGAUAUUUUUGCCUUCGGCUCAUAGCUUUUGUUAUUGUUACUGGCAAUAUGAAUCUUUCACAUUUACUUA